AUGUAUGUCCGCAUUCCAAAGAGCUCGCUGCUGUCAACGCCUGGUGCCAACAAGGAGAACGCGAACGCGCCUGGCCGCCGCUACCCCACGCCUCAGUCCCUCGACAAGCUCCACAAGCCGUUCAAAUGUCCUGGCUCGGCCACGCGGCGACCAGAGGCCGACCGCCCUGCCCGGAAGCGCCGCAAGGUUGACUACAAGGGCGCUGACGGCAGCGAGGAUGCUGACAAGCCCUACACCAACGCCGAUCGGCUCGCUCUGGCGAACCGCGACGCCAACAAAUUUCCCGUCUUCCAGGCCAAGGAUAAGAGCACCGUCUUCCGCAAGGCCUUCAUCAUCCCCAUGGUCAACAAAAACAGCGGCGCCUACAACCCCAACCGCCCCCCUCCCACCUUAGGCCUGAGGCAAGGCGCCGCCUUUGUCGCAAAGCCGCUGCACGACCCCAGCGGCGAGUUUGCCCUGGUUCUAUACGACCCCACGAUUGACGAUAAACCAAAGGUGCGCGAGAAGCCGGCCGAAACACCGGCCGAGGCCGAUACUGCCGGAGAGAUGGAUGCGCCGCUAGUUCACAAGAGCCUAGCCGAGAUUCUUGGCAUCAGGAAGAAGGUCGAGGGCGAGCAUCCACGCGUGCCCGUCGUCAUCGACCCAAGACUCACUAAAGUGCUCCGCCCACAUCAGAUCGAGGGUGUCAAGUUCAUGUACCGAUGCGUCACGGGCAUGAUUGAUGAGAAGGCCAACGGUUGCAUCAUGGCAGACGAGAUGGGUCUCGGCAAAACACUGCAGUGCAUCACGCUGCUAUGGACUUUGUUAAAGCAGUCUCCCGAGGCCGGAAAGUCGACGAUUCAAAAGGCUAUUGUUGCCUGCCCGUCGAGUCUGGUCCGAAACUGGGCGAACGAGCUUGUCAAGUGGCUCGGCGCCGACGCUAUCACACCGUUUGCCAUUGACGGCAAGGCGAGCAAGGAAGAGCUGACACGGCAGCUACGGCAGUGGGCUAUCAGCAGCGGCCGUGCUGUCACAAGGCCCGUCAUUAUUGUCUCGUAUGAGACGCUCCGCCUCAAUGUCGAGGAGCUGAAGCACACCCAGAUCGGUCUCAUGCUCUGCGACGAGGGCCAUCGUCUGAAGAACGGCGACAGCCAGACUUUUACUGCACUCAACAACCUGAACGUCACACGUCGUGUCAUUCUUUCGGGAACCCCGAUUCAGAACGACCUCUCCGAGUACUUCUCACUUAUCAGCUUUGCCAACCCAGCCCUGCUUGGCACAAGGCUCGAGUUCAGGAAGAGAUUUGAGAUUGCCAUCCUCCGAGGGCGAGACGCCGAUGCCACCGAAAGUGAACGCGCCAAGGGUGAUGAGCGUCUCAAGGAGCUCCUCGGGAUUGUCAACAAGUUUAUCAUCCGGCGCACAAACGACAUCCUGUCCAAGUAUCUCCCUGUCAAGUACGAGCAUGUCGUCUUCUGUAAUCUGGCGCCAUUCCAACUGGAUCUAUACAACUUGUUCAUCAGGUCGCCCGAAAUCCAGGCCCUUCUCCGCGGCAAGGGUAGCCAGCCCCUCAAAGCCAUCAACAUCUUGAAGAAGCUUUGCAAUCACCCUGAUCUACUCAACUUGUCUGAGGACCUGCCGGGUUGUGAGAAUUGGUUCCCUGAAGACUACGUUCCCAAGGAUUCGCGCGGCCGUGACCGGGACAUCAAGCCGUGGUACAGUGGCAAGAUGCAGGUGCUGGACAGGAUGUUGGCACGGAUUCGGGCAGACACAAACGACAAGAUUGUGCUGAUCAGCAACUACACGUCAACACUCGACAUCUUUGAGAAGUUGUGCCGCAGUCGCGGAUAUGGAAAUCUCCGGCUGGACGGCACCAUGAACGUGACGAAGCGGCAGAAGCUCGUGGACAGGUUCAACGACCCCGAAGGCACCGAGUUUGUCUUUCUCCUCAGCUCCAAGGCGGGCGGCUGUGGUAUCAACCUGAUUGGGGCCAACCGUCUGGUGCUCUUCGACCCCGACUGGAACCCGGCAGCGGACCAGCAGGCACUGGCGCGUGUAUGGCGUGACGGGCAGAAGAAGGACUGCUUCGUGUACCGGUUCAUCACGACGGGCAGCAUCGAGGAGAAGAUCUUCCAACGCCAGAGCCACAAGCAGUCGCUGUCGUCGUGCGUGGUGGACUCGGCCGAGGACGUGGAGCGACACUUUUCGCUCGACAGCCUCAAGGAGCUCUUCCAGUACCGGGGCGACACGCGCAGCGACACGCACGACACGUUCAAGUGCAAGCGAUGCAGGCCCGACGGCAAGCAGUACAUCAAGGCGCCAGCCAUGCUGUAUGGCGACACGAGCACGUGGAAUCAUUUCACAAACGAGGGUCUCAAGCCGAUCCAGGAUCUGCUGCUAAGGCAAGAGUGCGGCGAGCCCGAGGUCAGCGCCGUGUUCCAGUACAUCUCUCACUGA